AAAGUAAAUGAUGACUGAGCCGAAACCCGAACUAUCAAAGUCUUCCUCACAAUUCACAAAUCACAAACCAUCGUUUUUGGUUGUUCGAUUGGCGAUUUCUGCAUUUCCAAAUCUUCGCCUCUCUCAUCCUAUUCUCCAUUUCCGCCUUUUCUCUCUGGUGAUUAAUAUGGCUGGCGCAAAGGUUGCUCAUGCUGUCUUGAAAGGUCCAAGUGUUACGAAAGAAAUAUUUAUUGGACUUGGACUCGGGUUGGUUGCUGGUACAAUGUGGAAGAUGCACCACUGGAACGAGCAGAGGAAAGUUCGAUCCUUCUAUGACAUGCUGGAGAAAGGCCAGAUCAGUGUCGUUGUAGAAGAGUAAAUCGUAUUUUUUGAUGAAUUACAUUUUGUUUUAAGUUGGGUUUCUUUGGUCGUUUUUGCUGCUCAAACUGUAAAGUGAAGCACUGCAUAAACCCCAUUCAUGAUUAAUAAUUUUUUCUGAUACUGGAAGUUAAAUGAUGUAAUGAUAUGUGGAUUUUGUGUUA